AUGCAGAAUUUAGCAGCCGGCGAUCAUGUUUUAACUAUGUCCGAUGAUGGCAAGCGCUUUGUCGCAUCUGAAGUGGCAUUCUUUAUUCAUGCUGAAAUGAACAGAACUUCUCUGUUCUACACUGUAACGACAGUCAGCGGCCAUCAAAUAAGCGUUACACCUGAUCAUUAUAUUCGCGUCGAAAACAAUGGAUAUGUAAUUGCUUCACAAUUAACAUUAAACCAUUCUCUUUUUGUUACACAUUUAAAUUAUCCAGUUCGUAUUCGUUCAAUUAAAAAAGAAUUCAAAAUGGGUCUUUUUAGUCCUGUUACCUUUGCUGGUACAAUUCUUGUUAAUGAUGUAUUUGCUUCGUGUUACUGUCUUAACAAUCUUCGUGGUACACACUAUGAAAAACAUCACUUAUAUGCACCAUUUCGUUUAUGGAUACUUAUGUCUUUAGCUGAUAUACCUGCUAAAGCUGUACAUCGAUUACUUGUAAUCAAUCCACUCGAUGAAACGAUUCUCACCGACGAUGUACUGGUAACAGGUACAUAUAAAUAUUUUUGA